UGCAGUUUGUUCUCCCUUUGAGAGGCGCUCUAGUGCUCUCUCUGUUGUCUUUGUACAUUCGCGACAUUCGCGUUAGUGUGAGGUUCGUUCUCGAUCGAAGUGACCUGUGAGAAGCGUCGUUCAAAGGCAGAGAUAAUCAGGGACGAAGGUCCGCAAUAGAAAGGAGAAGAAAACAACGAAAGCUCGCUCAUCGUCAUGGCACGUACCAAGCAGACGGCUCGUAAGUCAACGGGUGGAAAGGCACCCAGGAAGCAGCUUGCCACCAAAGCGGCACGUAAAAGCGCGCCGUCCACUGGAGGCGUCAAGAAACCUCAUCGUUACAGACCUGGUACUGUAGCUCUGAGAGAAAUCCGAAGAUACCAAAAGUCUACGGAGUUGCUCAUCAGGAAAUUGCCGUUUCAGCGUCUGGUUCGUGAAAUCGCGCAGGAUUUCAAAACCGAUCUGCGCUUUCAGAGCGCUGCUAUAGGUGCCCUUCAGGAAGCUUCGGAAGCUUACCUGGUCGGCCUGUUCGAAGACACGAAUUUGUGCGCCAUUCACGCCAAACGUGUCACGAUCAUGCCAAAAGAUAUACAACUGGCACGGCGAAUUCGCGGUGAACGCGCUUAAAUCGUUC